AUGUUCUAUGUGGCCGAGCGCUUCUUCUCCGUCAUUUGGCUCCUCAACGACGACAACCCAGACAUGUCCAUGCUCGACUUGAUCUGCAACAGAGAGCCAGCCAAGCGUCGCCAGUCUUCUGCUGCCAGCCGCAAGCAGCAGCAGCAGCAGCAGCAGCAGCAGCAGCAGCAGCAGCAGCAGCGGGGGCGGCAGGGGCGGCGGCCGUCUGCCGCGGCCGCGGAAAGCAGCAGCAGCCGCAGCAGCAGCAGCGGCGCCGAAGACGCAGCAGCCAGCAGCAGCUACAGAAGCAGCGAAGCCAGCAGCUUGUCCAUUUCUCCUGGAAGACAAGACAAGCUCGAAGCUGCUGCUGCUGCUGCUGCUAGGCGACACUCGCAGCAGCAGCGCGAGCCGCUGCUCUUCUGCCCGCCCCCGGAACAGGGGCUGCUGCCUCUCGUGGAGUUGCUGCAGCAAGAAAGCCCCAGCAGCAGCAGCGCCCCAGCAGCAGCAGCAGCAGCAGCAGCAGAAGCAGCAGUUGCUGCUGCUUCAGAGGCAGCCGCGCCUGCUCCCCCGAACAAGAACCGAUUCCCUGAAGACUCGCCGCCGCGGCCCGCCGCUGCUGCUGCAGCGCAGCAGCAGCAGCAGCAGCAGCAGCAGCAGCAGCAGCAGCAGCAGCGAAAAAGCUGCACAGAUGCCCCGCCGUUUCCAAAAGAAACUAGCCGCCCCAAGUCGGCCUCAGCAGCAGCAGCAGCAGCUCUAGGCUCUGUCCAUUUCGAGUUCCCCGGCAGCUCUGAAGGGGCUGCCUCCAAGCCCAGUGCGCAGCAGCAGCAGCAGCAGCAGCAGCAGCAGCAGCAGCAGCAGCAAAGGACACACGGCCCAGAGUUCGCUGCGCAGAGGCGCAGAGUCAAGAGACACUCGCAGCCGCUGCUUCAGGUCCAUUCGCAAAGUCUAGAAAAGCUGCAGCAGCAAAUUCCGAUUCAGCCCGUGGCUGCAGCUGCUGAGCUGACCCGGCAGCAGCAGCAGCAGCAGCAGCAGCAGCAGCAGCAGCAGCAGCAGCAGCUUGCUGCUGCUCACUCUCACGGCAUUCGCUGCAGGUCCCAGGGAAGUCUGGGGCGCGCCCUCGACUUGCCGCGGCAGCACUGGCAGCUGCAGCUGCAGGGCCAAAGGACCCCGUUGCAGCAGCAGCAGCAGCAGCAGCAGCAGCAGCAGCAGCAGCAGCAGCACGAGCUGGCAGCUCACGAGGCGCUGCCGCGCAACAACUCUUUUCCGUUUUGUAAGUCCCCCUCUUUAUGCGGCCCUUCUUCUGGAGCAGCAGCAGCUGGCUACGGGCUGCCGCCGUGUGCAGCAGCAGCAGCAGCAGCAGCAGCAGCAGCAGCAGCACGGGCGCGGCCCUGCAGCCACGGCGCUGCUCUUACCCGCAGCUGCUCCUUAAUGGACAAGGAGUGGGAGCUGCUGCGGUGGAGCAGCAACUUGGACUUGCUGCAGCGCAGCAGCUGCUGCAUGCACGGCAGCAGCAGCUGCUGCAGCAACCGCCUGCACUGCAGCAGCAGCAGCAGCAGCAGCAGCAGCCGCAGCAAAACCUUCAGCUUCCUCAGCAGCAGCAACCCAAGUGCAAACAGCCGCAUGCGCUCGGGGCCGCAUGCGCAGCGCCGCAGGUACUCAACGAGCUGCUGGCCUUUGGACAGAGCAGCAGCAGCAGCAGCAGCAGCAGCAGCAGCAGCGGGGGCUGCUGCUGCUGGCUUCGGCGCCCCGCACGCCCACGCGCCCGGCUGCUGCCGCGCUGCAGCAGCUUCGUGGCAGCGGCAGCAGCAAGAAGAAGCAGCAGCAGCAGCAGCUGCUGCAGUGGCCAGCCGCGCUGCAGCACGGGCAGCUUCGGACUUGCUGUGUCUGUACCGCUCUGCUGCUGCGGCUGGCGGCCCAGCAGCAGCAGCAGCAGCGGAAGCUGCAGCAGCAAAAGCAGCAGCAGCAACAGCAGCAGCAGCAACAGCAGAUGAGGACUCUGCCCCUGCCAGCGCAGCAGCGGGGCUGCCGCUGGCAGCAAGGCCCUGCAGCACCUUCUCCCGCUCUUCCUCGCUGUUCGUGCUGCAGCAGCAGCAGCAGCAGCAGCAGCAGCAGCAGCAGCAGCUGCAGCUGCAGCAGAGGCAGCGCGCCUUUUCGAGUCACCAUUUUGGGGACAAGUCCUGGAGACACUCUUCUAGCUCGCUGCUGCUGCCCUGCGUGGCAGCUGCAGCAACAGCAGCAACAGCAGCAACUGCAGCAACUGCAGCAACAGCAGCAACUGCAGCAACAGCAGCAACUCACAGAUCUUUCACAGCAGCAGCAGCAGCGAGGGGCCGCCAUAUUUCAGGUGUGUCAGGGAGCUCGGGCAGCAGCAGCUGGGCCGCAGCUACAGUUGACACGUGCAGGGCAGCAGCAACCCCCCUUUAUGAGUAUCGCUAA